AUGUCUGAGAACUACGACGUCGGAACGAGGGCGUGGCAGCCCGACACAACGGAGGGCUGGGUUGCAUCCGAGGUCAUCAAUAAGACGGAAGACGGUUCCAAGGUUAAGCUGGUCUUCAAGCUUGACAAUGGCGAGGAAAAAACCAUCGAAGUCACUGCGGAAGCUCUCCAGAAAGGCGAUUCCUCCUUGCCUCCUCUGAUGAACCCGACCAUGCUUGAGGCCAGCGAUGACCUGACGAACUUGUCUCAUCUCAACGAGCCUGCUGUCCUGCAAGCCAUUCGUCUUCGAUACGCACAGAAAGAAAUCUACACAUACAGUGGUAUCGUCUUGAUCGCGGCGAACCCCUUUGCCAGAGUAGACUCCCUCUAUGUUCCUGGAAUGGUGCAGGUGUAUGCCGGCAAACAGAGAGCAACACAAGCACCUCAUUUGUUCGCUAUUGCAGAAGAGGCUUUCAUUGAUAUGGUGCGCAGUGGGAAGAACCAGACCGUUGUCGUGUCAGGAGAGUCAGGUGCUGGAAAGACGGUCAGCGCCAAGUACAUCAUGCGUUACUUCGCGACGAGAGAAUCUCCUGACAAUCCGGGAACUCGGUCCAAGAAGGGUGCUGAAGCUAUGAGCGAAACAGAAGAGCAAAUCCUGGCCACGAACCCCAUCAUGGAAGCGUUUGGAAACGCGAAAACGACGCGUAACGACAACUCGUCACGAUUUGGCAAGUACAUCGAGAUCAUGUUCGAUGACAAAACCAACAUCAUCGGCGCCAAGAUCAGAACCUAUCUUCUCGAGCGAUCCAGAUUGGUUUUCCAGCCCCUGAAGGAGCGCAACUACCACAUCUUCUACCAACUCGUCGCCGGUGCUUCAGACAAAGAACGCCAGGACCUUCAUCUUCUUCCCAUCGAGGAGUUUGAGUACCUUAACCAGGGCAAUUGCCCUACGAUAGACGGCGUCGACGACAAGGCUGAAUUUGAAGCGACAAAGGCUUCUCUGCGGACAAUUGGUGUCAAUGACGAUUACCAGGCAGAGAUUUUCAAGCUUCUCUCUGGUCUGUUGCACCUAGGAAACAUCAAGAUCGGAGCGUCGCGCAAUGAUAGUGUCCUCGCGCCUACUGAGCCUUCUCUGGAGCUGGCUUCCUCGAUUCUAGGCGUUAACGGACCCGAGUUUGCUAAGUGGAUUGUCAAAAAGCAGCUGGUUACGCGAGGCGAGAAGAUCACAUCCAACUUGACGCAGGCCCAGGCCAUCGUCGUCCGUGAUUCCGUGGCCAAGUUCAUCUAUUCGAGCCUAUUCGACUGGCUAGUGGAGAUUAUCAACCGCAGCUUGGCGACCGAGGAGGUUCUUAACCGCGUUACCUCCUUCAUUGGUGUACUCGAUAUCUACGGCUUCGAACACUUUGCCAAGAACUCUUUCGAGCAAUUCUGCAUCAACUACGCCAACGAGAAGCUUCAGCAAGAAUUCAACCAGCACGUCUUCAAGUUGGAACAGGAAGAGUACCUAAGGGAGAAGAUUGACUGGACCUUUAUCGAGUUCUCGGAUAACCAGCCGGCCAUCGAUCUUAUCGAAGGCAAGCUGGGUAUCCUGUCCUUGCUGGACGAAGAGUCCCGUCUCCCCAUGGGCUCUGACGAGCAGUUCGUUACAAAGCUCCAUCACAACUAUGGCAGCGACAAGCAUAAAUUCUAUAAGAAGCCAAGGUUUGGCAAGUCUGCUUUCACCGUGUGUCAUUACGCCGUGGAUGUCACCUACGAAUCGGAGGGCUUCAUCGAGAAGAACCGCGACACUGUGCCCGACGAGCACAUGGCAGUUCUUCGCGCCUCCACAAACAAGUUCCUUCGCGAUGUGCUUGACGCCGCUUCAGCUGUGCGAGAGAAGGAUGUGGCCUCUGCAACGUCCAGCUCUGUGAAGCCGGCCGCUGGUAGGAAGAUUGGCGUGGCUGUCAACAGAAAACCGACGCUGGGAGGCAUUUUCCGCUCGUCAUUGAUCGAGCUUAUGAACACCAUCAACAACACGGAUGUCCACUACAUCCGAUGCAUCAAACCCAACGAAGCCAAGGAGGCGUGGAAGUUUGAGGGUCCCAUGGUCCUCAGUCAGUUGCGAGCUUGCGGUGUACUAGAGACUGUGCGCAUAAGUUGCGCGGGCUACCCUACUCGAUGGACAUACGAGGAGUUCGCCCUUCGCUACUACAUGCUCAUCAACUCGGACUUGUGGACGUCGGAGAUUCGGGACAUGGCGAAUGCCAUCCUCACGAAGGCACUUGGCACGAGUUCCGGCAAGGGCUCAGACAAGUACCAGCUCGGUCUCACCAAGAUUUUCUUCCGUGCUGGCAUGCUCGCUUUCCUCGAGAACCUGCGCACUAACCGGCUCAACGACUGCGCCAUUCUCAUCCAGAAGAACCUGAAGGCCAAGUUCUAUCGCCGUCGCUACCUUGAGGCUCGUAACGCCAUUGUGACUUUUCAGUCCGCAGUCAGAGCCUACAACGCCCGAAAACAGGUUCAAGAGCUCCGCACGGUCAAAGCCGCAACAACAAUACAGCGGGUUUGGCGUGGCCAAAGACAGAGAAAGGAGUACUUACGCGUCAGGAACAAUGUCGUCCUGGCGCAAGCGGCGGCCAAAGGUUACCUUCGACGAAAAGAAAUCAUGGAGACCCGCGUAGGCAAUGCUGCUAUUCUCAUCCAACGCGUCUGGAGAUCGCGGCGACAAGUCCUGGCCUGGAGGCAAUACAGGAAGAAGGUAACGCUCAUCCAGAGCUUGUGGCGUGGCAAACUUGCCCGUCGUGAUUACAAGAAGACGCGUGAAGAGGCCCGCGAUCUGAAGCAGAUAUCAUACAAACUGGAAAACAAGGUCGUCGAGUUGACACAGUCUCUGGGCACGAUGAAGGCGCAAAACAAGAACUUGUCAUCUCAGGUCGAGAACUACGAGGGUCAGAUCAAGGCCUGGAAGAACCGCCACAACGCUCUUGAGGCCCGGACGAAGGAACUUCAGACCGAGGCCAACCAGGGCAGUAUCGCCGUUGCUCGGCUGCAGGCGAUGGAAGAUGAGAUGAAGAAGCUGCAACAGAGCUUUGAAGAGUCAACUUCCAACAUCAAGAGGAUGCAGGAGGAGGAGAGGGAACUGAGGGAGUCCCUGCGCUCUACGAGCACCGAGCUUGAGACGGUCCGCCAGCAGAGCGCCCAGAUUGAAAGCGAGAAGCUUUCGCUGCGUCAGCAGCUCGCAGAACUGCAGGAUCAGCUGGAAUUGGCGAGACGCCUUGCGCCGACCAACGGGGAGCUUACAAACGGUGCUACCCAGCCCCAAACGUCAGCCGCACCUGGUCUCAUUAACCUCGUGUCUUCCAAGAAGCCGAAGCGCAGAAGUGCAGGUGCCGAGCCGCGCGAGGUCGACCGCUUCAGCGCUGCUUACAACCCUAGGCCCGUCUCAAUGGCCGUCACCAGCACUGCCCACAGACAGAACCUGCAAGGCACAGGCUUCAUGCCCGGUGUCGAUAACAUUGAGCUCGAGCUCGAGACUCUGUUGGCCGACGAGGAUGGCCUCAAUGAGGAAGUCACAAUGGGUCUCAUCCGUAACCUCAAGAUUCCAUCGCCCAACACUAACCCGCCGCCAUCCGACAAAGAGGUUCUCUUCCCUUCGUACCUGAUCAACCUUGUCACAUCCGAGAUGUGGAACAACGGCUUCGUCAAGGAGUCAGAACGUUUCCUCGCCAACGUCAUGCAGUCAAUUCAGCAGGAAGUCAUGCAGCACGAUGGCGACGAGGCCAUCAAUCCAGGUGCCUUCUGGCUCUCCAAUGUCCACGAAAUGUUGUCUUUCGUGUUCUUGGCUGAGGACUGGUACGAAGCCCAGAAGACGGACAACUAUGAGUAUGACCGUCUUUUGGAGAUUGUCAAGCACGAUCUCGAAAGCUUGGAGUUCAAUAUUUACCACACUUGGAUGAAGGUUUUGAAAAAGAAGCUGCACAAAAUGAUCAUCCCGGCUAUCAUCGAGUCCCAGUCACUCCCCGGCUUCGUCACUAACGAGAGCAGCCGCUUCCUGGGCAAGCUUCUACAGUCCAACUCGACCCCAGCCUACAGCAUGGACAACCUGCUCAGUUUGCUGAAUAGCGUUUUCCGUGCCAUGAAGGCGUACUACUUGGAGGAUUCUAUCAUCACGCAGACGAUCACCGAGCUGCUCCGUCUGGUUGGCGUCACCGCGUUCAACGAUCUUUUGAUGAGGCGCAACUUCCUCUCCUGGAAGCGUGGUCUCCAGAUCAACUACAACAUCACUCGCAUCGAAGAGUGGUGCAAGAGCCACGACAUGCCUGAGGGCACCCUCCAGCUCGAGCACUUGAUGCAAGCAACGAAGCUCCUUCAGCUCAAGAAGGCAACCCUGAAUGACAUUGAGAUCAUUCAGGAUAUCUGCUGGAUGCUGUCCCCCAACCAGAUCCAGAAGCUCCUGAACCAGUACCUUGUUGCAGACUACGAGCAGCCCAUCAACGGCGAGAUUAUGAAGGCCGUUGCAUCCCGCGUUACGGAAAAGAGUGACGUUCUGUUGCUGCAGGCUGUCGAUAUGGACGACAGUGGCCCCUACGAGAUCGCUGAGCCCAGAGUCAUCACCGCCCUGGAGACUUACACUCCUUCAUGGCUCCAAACCCCGCGCUUGAAGCGUCUCGCCGAGAUUGUCUCAGCUCAGGCCAUCGCCCAACAAGAGAAGCUGGAAUACGACCCCGAAGACGGCUUCGAGCGCAACGGUGACCUUGCUGAAGUUGACGAGGAAGAUGUGGCCGCGUAA